AUGUGGCUGGAAUGUAGAACAGCUCAAGCCAAUUCUGCUGCAAGUCCCACCUCCCUGCAGAGCUGCUCGAGUGAAAAUUCAGUGCAGACAGCAGCCCAUGUAUGUCAGACAGAAACCCAGAGUGCCAUCCCUCCACACAGCAUGAUUGGAAAUCUGGCCUGUACCUUGGGAAGACAAACAGCUUCUGUGGCUCCUAGAAUCAUUCAGAUGAGAAGAUUCCUGCAUGGAACUCAUUUCAGGGUUUCAUCUUCUGUGGCGGAAGCUCUGGCUGAUGGCAGACCGAUCGUAGCCUUGGAGAGCACCAUCAUUACACAUGGCAUGCCCUAUCCCCAGAAUUUGAGCAUGGCUAGAGAGGUGGAAGAGAUUGUAAGGACAAAUGGGUCAGUACCUGCAACCGUGGGCAUUUUAAAUGGCAGGAUCCACAUCGGCCUUAAUGAUGAGGAACUUCAGUUUCUGGCAAAGAGCAAAAAUUUAGUUAAGGUAUCUCGGAGGGACCUUCCCUACGUUCUCAGCCAGGGUUUGUCUGGCGGUACCACUGUGUCAGGGACGAUGAUUGUGGCACACAAAGCAGGAAUCCCCGUGUUUGUGACAGGAGGAAUUGGAGGGGUCCACCGCGAAGGAGAGAAGACUAUGGAUGUGAGUGCUGACCUGACCGAGCUAGGACGCACUGCAGUUGCUGUGGUUUCCGCAGGUGUUAAGUCUAUUCUGGACAUUGGUAGGACGCUGGAAUACCUGGAGACUCAGGGUGUCUGCGUGGCUGCCUUUGGGGAAUCAAGGGAAUUCCCUGCCUUCUUCUCCCGCCAGAGUGGUUUCCAAGCACCGUGUCAGGUGCAGAAUGAGGAGGAGGCUGCCAAACUUAUUGCCAGCACCUUGGCACUGGGCAUGGGCAGUGGAGUGCUGAUUGCAGUGCCCUGCCCUGAGGAGGAAGCUGCUUCAGGACAGGUCAUUGAAAAUGCCAUCCAAGAAGCUCUGAGCAACGCCCGGUCAAAAGGGAUCAUAGGGAAAGAGCUGACUCCCUUUAUGUUACAAAAGAUGAAUGAACUGACUAGUGGAAAAUCGCUGGACUCCAACAUCGCUCUGAUCCAGAACAAUGCCAGAGUGGGCAGCCGCAUAGCUGUGGCCCUGUGCAAGAUCCAAACUGCCACAGGGAAGGGCAACCUGCCUCAGUGUGAGAAAGUAACUGCACUUAGGCCUGUGGUGAUUGGAGGCAUCAACGUGGACUUCAUAGCCAAGGCAAGGAAUACCACCAUACAGGCUGGCGGACAGACAAAUGCUGGGCAAGUGAGCCAAUCUUUUGGAGGUGUGGGGAGAAACCUGGCAGAUUGUUUAAGCCGUCUUGGGAAGACCCCUCUCUUUAUCUCAGCUCUGGGGAAGGAUGAAUAUUCAGAGUCCAUCUUGCGUUACUGCCACCACAUGGACAUGGCAGGAGUCCUUCAGCUUGCGGGGCACAGUACAGCCACCUACUGUGCAGUGAUUACAGGCAGCGGGGAGCUCAGCCUUGGCUUGGGAGACAUGGACAUCCACCAGCAGAUAACGGAGCAACAUGUGUGCAAGUUCAAGAAGAGUCUAUGCUUGGCUCCAUUGGUAUGUAUUGAUGGGAACGUGCCAGUUGCCACCAUUCAGUACGUCUGUGAAAUUGCUAGAGAGCACCAGAUAGCAGUGUGCUAUGAGCCGACAGAUGAAAACAAGGCUUCUAAGCCCUUCCUUUCAGACAGCUGGAGAGCGCUGACCUACAUCUCCCCCAAUCUGCGAGAACUAAGGGCAAUAAAUCGGACCCUCGGGCACCCUGUGCCGGCAGAGCUGCCGUCCAGGCUGGAGGAUGUUGUCAGGACUGCGAUGACCCUGACCCGCCCCUUGCUGACACAACUGCACUGUGUGGUGGUGACACUUGGCAUGCAUGGAGUCCUCUUGUGUGGCAGGAGAGUGGAAGGGCGUGUCUCACUGUGCCCUGGAACUCACAAACAGAAUGCUGCUGGCGAGCUGUGUGCCACCCACUACCCAGCAAUCCCCAUCUCCAGGGAAGAGAUAGUGAAUGUCUCAGGAGCGGGUGACAGUUUAAUGGCGGGGAUAAUCGCUGGGCUACUUGCUGGGCACGACACAGAUACCUGCGUCCGGAUGGGCCUGCUCUCUGCCUGCCUCUCCCUCCGUUCAUACGAGCCCGUCUCCCAGGAGAUCAGUACUGUCAGCGUGAACCUGGAACAGGUCAAGGCUAGGAGCUGGCCAGAGGUGAAGGUGUGGAAGAUGAAUUAGAGUUUAUGCUCCAGAGCUCUAGCAGAUGUUCCAUUCCAACCACACCUGAAGUGCAACAUUACUUCAGAUUUCCACCCCCCACUGUCAAUCCCCCAAUGCCACACAGCCAAUAUCUCCCAGAAAGCAAAAAAAAAAAAAAAAAAAAAAAACAGGGUGCUUAAACAGCUUGGGUUGCACCUUCCUGAAAAAGCUUGUAUUUCUUCCUCCCAUCUUCAUAGGGUAGACGCCAAACUCCUUUCAACAGCCCUGCUCAGCCACUACUUCAGCAAAACAAUGGAUAUCUGAGACAAUAUGCUUAUUACAUAUGGGCUUGCCGAACAGCAACCCACUGGCACACAGUUCUAUGAUAUGGCCCAGUGAUCAAAGUGGAGCAUUGUAUGUUGGGACUUAAAUAUCUAGAUACUUCUAUUGCCCCUCUGCAAUGUCCAUGUGCUUCCGAAACACAAAUGAAUAUAACCUCACAUCUCCUCGCUGAGGUGGGGCAGCGCUGUUCUUGUAUUACAAAUGGCGAAUGUGCGGCACAGAGAUUAAGUGAAUUUCCCAAGGUCUCAGUGAGUCUGUAGCACAGCUGGGAACCAAACCAAGAUUUACCAGCUCCCAGCCCAGUGUUUAACCACAAGACCAUUCUUCUACCUGUGGCUCUUCUGGCAUCCAGCUUUUUAUUACUGAGGCAGUAACAAAAUGUACCAUUAAUACAAAUUAGAUACCGUCCUUCAGCUUCUGGCAAGUUGCUAAUCCUCUGACCACUGAGCAAACAAACCUAUGAAAAGUAAGUUUAUUCCAUCUGGCAUUGGGGUGCUCUCAGGAUCACAUCCCCCCCACUUAUAAAGCUGUAGGAGGGUUAGCCACUGGCUGACCCGGAGGCAGCAAGUCAGACCCCCCUUUCCUGAAUGGGACAUCUGCCACCAUACUCUGUUCCCUUCAUUUGGAAAAAAGAUCUGUUUUAUCUCCUUUGUCUGUUCAGUCUCAAGACAUAAUAUCAGAAAGGAUCUAUAAUCUCACCUACAGUGUUGUUACAAACAUUUCACAGUGACAUUAAUGACCAGUGUGUUAGUAGAUUUCAAAUGAUAUAUGGCAUGUCACCUUUUAUGUAAAUAUAACUGGUGUGAGAGGUGUAUGAGGCUGAGACAGAGCAGUGAACUACUACUGGGCCUCUGUGUCACAGGAGCCUAAAUACCUCAGAGGACCUGGGGCUGGGUAUCACCACUCAAACAAUGAUCAGCUCACAAGUGACACUGAAGGUGAUGAUUUUAACCCAGUUCCUAGCUCACCUCACAAGAGCCACUAUGCAAGUCCAUGUGCUUGCAGUUCCAAAUGCUCGUAAGACACCCAUGGGGUUUUACAAGUUAGAUGGAAGUAUAUGGUUAGCGAAAUACCCUAUUGCGGUUUCAGCCUGAACUUGCUGUCAGUGCUUAAAGUGGUCUUAAAAAAGUGGCAGGUUUCACAUAAGCUGGGAGCAGCAGCUGUGGUAAGACAAUGCUUAAAGUGUGUGUGUGCCCCUCAGUGAUCCAGCUCGAUUUUUUCUCCACUGGGUCUAGAACCCCCAACCUUGCAACUUUAAGCACUGCUUGUUGGGGUUGUUCAAUGUUCAGCUUCAGAGUUCAGUGGACUGGUGGUCGUCUGUGCAAUUAAACCUCCUUCACUGGUACCCUUAUGGAUAGAGAGCAGUUGGGGUGUGUGUGUGUAGCAUUAGCCCUCCAAUAUUACAGUGGCCCAACCUUCCUCCUCUUCAAAACCAGCAGGUGGUGUUCGUAAUUCAUUGGCUAAAUUCAGCAGCAAGGCCAGCUAAGGUGGAUGACUAGCUUUUCUCUCACCUGUAAGCACUGGAGGUUGUGUUUUGCACCACUGGAAACAAAGCAGGAAUCUUCUCUGCCUGUUAUACAGUCUCAGAAACAUUCAUUUUUCACUAAGGCUAUGUCUACACUACGAGCUGGGGGUGUGAUUCCCUACUUGUAUACACAUACUCGCACCAGUUCGCAUCGAGCUAACGCCUUUUCCCACCACCUUUGUGUACUCAGGGGGCAACCUCAGCCUAACCAAAAAGUGGGGGUACCAAGGGUCUUUCCAUUGGAAGCAGUGAAAGAAACACGCCCCCACCCCAACAUCCCAGUGGUGAAAGUGCAUAAUCAGUCAUCUAAGGUAUUUAAAAAUGUAUGGUUGUAAAAGAUGCCUUUGAGACCAAAUUAACCCUUUCCUCUCAUGCACCUCCCCACACCUGAUGUGCACAGUUUGCCAGCAGAUCCAUUUAUUUAUCUCAAUCCUGCCUGCAAAUAGUUUAGCCAAAAUAUGCCAUGAUCACAACUGGGAAAGAGUACGCUAGACACACACAGAUACCCUUGGAAAGAGGG